AUGGGCGGUCACCGACGGCACGGAAGGGAAAGAGGGCAGACGGCGACACCCAACAGCGCACGCCUCGUUACCUCUGAGCCCAGUCCAGCGCCCGAACCCAGGCCCGCUUCCCGCACAGGCCCGACUGGCCCGAUCCUCAGAGCCAAUCCUUAUCCCGAAGUUACGAAUCUAAUUUGCCGACUUCCCUUACCUACAUUAGUCUAUCGACCAGAGGCUUCUUACCUUGGAGACCGGCUGCGGAUAUGGGUACGCACAGGCCCGAAACUGGGGUGCCUCGCAGGGGCCGCGUGCGUUCAGGCUCCGCGCCGAAACGCGAGCCGCAGCAGCAACAGACCCCCUUGCUUCGCCCCAUGCAGUUACCUGCCUCGCAUGUUUCACGGACCGGCAGUGGUACGCGGGACGCAGCAAGAACCGCGGCGCUCUGCGGCAGACCGUGUUACCAACACCCUUUUGCUCUGUGAGUGGCUUCUAGGGUCACGGCGCCUUAAACAGAAAAGAAAACUCUUCCCCGGACCACCGCCGAUGGACGCGAGUUGGUUCCCGUUACCGGGUUCCUGCACCAGGGGACACGAGCCCGAGAUGGGGCUGGCCCCCUGGUUGGCAUCCAGGCCUGGUUAUGGAAUAAGUACUGUAUUCCCUUUCGCCACUAACUCCCAACCGGCAACUUAG